CAAGAAGACCAUCAUCCAUGGCUGCUGCGAUUAGAGCUGAGUCAGUAGCUACCGAGAAAUUAGGGAUUACAAUUGAGAAGAACCCACCUGAGUCCAAACUCACCCAACUUGGUGUUCGUAAUUGGCCCAAGUGGGGUUGUCCUCCAAGCAAGUUUCCAUGGACUUAUAGUGCAAAGGAGACUUGUUAUCUGCUAGAAGGCAAAGUGAAAGUGUACCCUGAUGGUUCCGAUGAAGGCGUAGAGAUUGAAGCAGGCGACUUUGUUGUUUUCCCUAAAGGAAUGAGCUGCACUUGGGAUGUCUCUGUUGCUGUUGAUAAACAUUACCAAUUCGAGUGAAUGGAUAUCAAUCUCUGCUCUACAUAUUCGUGAGUUGACCAUCUUUGUAUGUUGGAUACUUAUUUGUGUCUAUCAUUUAUAUCAAUCUGCUUUUGGGAUCUGUUUGCUUCGAUAUCUAAGAAAAUUUCGCGUAGUGUAUUGUUUCGCUGCUUGCGCUUCCAGCUCAAUCAUCAUCAUUCAAAUUAAGGAUUGAAAUUCAA